AAUACACUGCAAAUAAACAUGGCGAACAGUUCCGAUGCAAAAYCUCUUCAUACGACUUUGGAAUGCAAUAAUUGCCAUUCAAGACUUACUGCAGACAAUGGGCCAUUAUCCAGUGGGGUCUAUAGUGGUACUUGCACUGUAUGCAAUAAGCCCCUUAAGUUUUGGUCCCUUGUGGAUCCUGUUGAUCAAGUGGCAUUUGAAGUUAAUGGCAUCARUUACAAGAUAUCCAAUCCUGAUCCUGAGAUGAGCUUAAAUGAAUGGAUCAGAUCACAGCCACAGCUCAAAGGUACUAAAGUGAUGUGUCGUGAGGGUGGAUGUGGGUCAUGUAUUGUUGUUGUUACGCGAUCAGAUCCACAAACAGGGAAACCGACCACAUUGGCAGUUAAUUCCCCAAGAACGUCUUGCCGAACAAAAUGGCAGCCAAUGUGGUUAUUGUUCUCCUGGCAUGGUGAUGAAUAUGUAUGGGUUACUGAAAAAGAAUUCAACCCCCACCAAGMAAGAAGUGGAGGAUCACUUUGAUGGGAAUAUCUGUCGAUGCACAGGAUACAGGCCAAUACUUGAUGCAAUGAAAACCUUUUCUAAAGAUGAAAAUCCUAUUGAUAUUGAGGAAUUAACAAGAAAGUGUAAUGGAGCAUGUCCUAGAAAGAGUGUUGCUCUUCCAAACAACAGCAAUGGUGCAUUAUGGUUUAMUCCAUCUACACUAAAAGAUCUUUUGACAUUAGUUGCCAAAUAUGCCAGUGAGAAGAUCAGGAUUAUAGCUGGCAACACUGGCAAAGGUGUUUUURCCAAUGAUGGUCCAUUCAAAGUCUACAUUGAUGUGAAUAACAUUGCAGACUUGAAGAUUACCAAGACAAUGGAUGACAGUUUAGUGGUUGGAGGAUCUGUGACGUUGACUAACUUGAUUGACUUUUUGGUUCAAAAUGCUUCCUCGUACCCCCCUUAUGCUGUACUGGCAGACCACAUACAAAAAGUUGCUAACGUCCCUGUGCGAAAUGUUGGUACCGUGGCUGGUAACCUAAUGUUAACUCAUGAUCAUGCAGACUUCCCGUCUGAUAUCUUUACCAUUUUGGAGGCUGUCGGCACUAAAGCCCUUAUUGUUGAUUCCAAGACACAGAAGCCAUUGCAGUAUUCUCUGAUGGACUUUUUAUCACUUGAUAUGAYGGGCAAGAUAAUUGUUAUGCUUAUCAUCCCGCAAUCUUCGUCCAAAAGUAGUGCAUUUGUUCGUACUUACAAAGUCAUGCCAMGAGCUCAGAAUGCUCAUGCUUACGUCAAUGCAGGAUUCGCUACGACGUUUGACCAAACUUCAAUGACUGGGACAUCUUACCGUAUUGUUUAUGGAGGAAUUGGCCCUUAUGUGACACACGUGCCUAAGACAGAAGCAUUCCUGGAGGGAAAAUCUAURACUGACCCUAAAACAUUACAAGGAGCUCUUGCAAUCCUUGACAAAGAACUUGUUCCAGACUCACCAAAAGUCAGUGCAAGUCCUGAAUAUCGUAAAAGCCUUGGAUUGAGCUUGUUCUACAAGUUUUACCUCUCCAUGCUUGGUAACCAUGCGUCUUCACGUGUCAAAUCUGCYGCUGUGCCAUUUGUCCGUCCAAUAUCAACCGGGAAACAGACUUUUGAUACCAAACCUGAUAAGUUUCCUCUUACCAAGCCAAUGACUAAACUUGCUGCAAAGUUACAGACGUCUGGUGAAGCGGUGUACACUGAUGAUAUACCUUCCCAAGGAGGAGAGCUUUUUGCUGCAUUUGUUCUUACAACUCAGGGAAACUGUAAACUUGAUAAGAUUGAUGCAAGUAAAGCAAAGACAAUGACAGGUGUAGUGGACUUCUUAACAGCAUCAAAUAUACCUUCCAAGGGAGUCAACAGCUUUUCUUCCAAGGAUCUUCAACCUGAGGAGAUAUUUUGUAGUAAAGAUGUCUUGUAUGCUGGUCAGGCUGUUGGACUUGUUAUUGCAGAUACACAGCGACAUGCUGAUGAGGCUGCCUCAGUUGUCAUGGUAACAUACAAGGAAAUCAAACCACAAAUACUCACUAUCCCACAAGCCAUUGCAGCCAAGUCAUUCUUUCCUGCAACAGCAAAACCACUGGUUGUAGGGGAUGCAGAAGCUGCUAUCAAAUCUUCACCAAAAGUWAUCACUGGUGAGAUUGCCAUGGGAACGCAGCACCAUAUUCACAUGGAGACACAGGUGUGUCUAUGUGUCCCUGAAGAAGAUGGACUGACUAUUCACUGUGCCACCCAAUGGGUUGAUCUGCUUCRAGGUGUUGUUGCCCGAGUGCUUGGUUGGUCUUCGAACAAAAUCAAUGUGAAGGUCAAGCGGUGUGGUGGUGCAUAUGGUGGGAAAGCUACGCGUUCGGUCCAUGCAGCUACUGCUCUUGCUAUAGCUGCCAACAAACUACGGAGACCUGUUCGAAUGCUAAUGAACUUUCAUACCAACAUGAAGAUGGUUGGCAAACGUGCUCCAUUUAUGGYUACAUACAAAGUUGGAGUCAGUGAUGCUGGCAUYUUAAAUGGGAUAGAAAUGACUUACUAUGCUGACUUUGGUUGCACAUCAAAUGACACUGAUGUUAAUGGAGCUAUGAACUGGUGUGACAAUGUUUAUCGUUGUGCAAACUGGAAGGUCACACCUGUUUCUUGUAAAACUAACCUCGCUAGUAACACUUGGUGCAGGUCACCUUCAUCGAUUCAAGCAAUCUUCAUCAUGGAGUCAGUUAUGGAACACGUGGCCAAGGCAUUGAACAAGACUCCAGAAGAAGUUCGACAGAUCAAUUUAUACAAGAAAGGCCAGACGUGUCCCACUGGAGAAGCACUUGUCUUCUGUAAUAUUGAUACCUUGUGGUCAGAUUUGAAAACAUCUGCAGACUUUGUUAAACGAAAAGCAGCUAUUGAUGCUUUCAAUAAGGAGAAUCGUUGGCGCAAGCAAGGCAUAUCAGUAGUUCCUCUCCGCUUUGGUAUAGAGUGGGGAGGUGAAAGAUUCUUGUCRCUUGUGUCCAUAUUCCAUGAUGACGGUUCUGUAUCAGUCAGCCACGCUGGAGUAGAAAUGGGGCAGGGUAUUAAUACUAAGGUGGCGCAAGUAGUAGCAUACUGCCUCAAGAUUCCUCUGGAUAUCAUCUCAAUUAAGACGACUUCAAACUUAACAACCCCUAACAGUGAUUCUAGUGGAGGAAGUGUAACAAGCGAGUUGUGCUGUGAGUCAGUAAUCCUGAGCUGUAACAUUCUGAAUAAACGAAUGGAACCGAUCCGUCAGAAGUACAAGCCAUCCACAUGGCUGGAGUUGAUACAGAAGUGCUAUGAAGAGGGUGUUAAUCUGACUGCUAGUGCCAUGUUUCAAGGUAACAGUAAAGARCCUCUGGUAUACAGUACGUAUGGAGUGACUUGUACCGAAGUAGAGAUAGACGUCUUGACAGGAGAGAGGAAUAUAAUUAGAACUGACAUACUGUACGACUGCGGGGAGAGCAUGAAUCCAGAACUGGACGUAGGUCAGGUGGAAGGAGCAUUUGUCAUGGGGCUUGGGUACUGGAUGACAGAAAAGGCGAUCUACGACUCGAAGACUGGAGAAGAGCUUACGUAUUCUACAUGGGAAUACAAACCGCCAUCUUCAAAGGACAUCCCURUCGAUUUCAGAGUCAAUCUCUUAAAGAACGCACCCAACCCUAGAGGAAUACUCGGAUCCAAAGCGGUUGGUGAGCCACCUAUGUGCAUGUCAUGUUCUGCUCUGUUCGCCAUCAAACACGCUGUCCAAAGUGCUAGACAAGAGAUAAACAAGGAUGCCAGCUACUUUCCUCUGGAUGGUCCUGCGAUGGUGGAAGACACACAGUUGGCUUGUCUUGUGGAUUAUAGCCAGUUUACUCUUUAAGACAGCAUCGAAAAUGAAGGAUUUUUCAUAGUGUAUAUAUACCAAAACAUUUGAUCCAUUUCCAGUUUGUAUCAAAACCAAGUACCAAGCAACGAUGGAGAAAAUAUAAAAAUAAAAUAAAUAACAAGAGUUUUUUUUAAAUAAU